AUGUCCGCCCUCCCCCCGCCAUCGUCUCUGACGUCACUCCCCCAGGACCAGCAGUUCCGCGUCCUCGACACCCUCUUCGAGUCCUCCCCCGAGCUGCACACUCUCAUGGCCCCUGUCCUUGCCAACCAGGAGUUCGCCUCCUACUCCAGCUUGAUCGACGCCGUUGGCGGCCGCAUGUCCGCCCUCUCCGCCGCCAACUCCUCCACCGAUCACGAUAUCCUCGUCGGCAUCCUGGGGUCGCAUCCCCGCCUCGGACAGCCCAAGGGCGCCCCGACGGAGCAUCUGAGCGAGCUGAGUAAGAAGGAGCAGGCGAAUCUGAACACCGGAGCGGCUGAGCAGGCGGAGAAGCUGAAGGGGUUGAACGCUGAAUACGAGGACAAGUUCCCGGGACUGCGCUUCGUGACCUUCGUCAACGGCAGAAACAGAGAGGUGAUUAUGGGCGAGAUGCGUCGCCGGAUUGACAGGGGGGAUGCCGAUCAGGAGGUGGAGGAGAUUAUCCAGGCGAUGUGUGAUAUUGCAAAGGAUCGGGCGCGGAAGCUGGAUGAGUCGAAGAUAUAG